CUGUCUCUGUGUGUAUAGACUAUAGAGUAGAAGUUGGAAUGGGUGGAUUGGAGCUAGUCCGGGUCACAUAAGAAUAGACUUGAAUCUAAUCCCAAUAAGUGGAUGUGUUUAUUACCCUAUUGGAUUGGAGCAUAAGAUCGUUAUGAUGGUAAGGAGACUAGUUGGAGAAAAGAAUCUCAAAAUUUCAGGUGAGAUUGCGCAAGUUUGAUGGAAAGCAGUAUGAUAAGCAGUUGAGAGAUGGGGAUCCUAUUCCUGGGUACAUCGUCAUCCGAUUCCGAGGUAGAGAUGGAGGUUUAGGGUUCGUUGAUCGCUACCCUGGUGAGUGGUGACGAUUGGGAUCACAAGUUGAACCAACGCUAGACAAUAUCUUAUCCAAGAGCUCAACUGCACCUUUUAUAGCUCUGUUUAUGGAUCCCAGCUUCUUAUAACUCGUCUCCAUCCGUCCCAGGAUGCCCGUCUAUUCAUCAACCUCCUUCCGUCUUCUUCUUCUUCUUCUUCUUCUUCUUCUUCAACACGAGUACCACCUACCAUCCUUUUCCAGGGUUUGCCUGAUUGCUUUUUUCCCUCGCCAAAAUUAGGGAUCUUGAUAUGAAAAAAUUCCAUCCAAUUUAAGAAUUACAAGGAAUGUUACAAAGCAUUGAAAAAAUUGUCAAAUCUGUAAUGGAGGAAUUAGGACCAGGUUACAACGAAUCACCUAGCACUCGGCCUCUCAGUCUCAGGAACCGACUGUCAAUGCUUAAUAAGGAAUUGAGCACUAUGAAACUUGUACUGGAGGAAUUUACCACUAGUAGUAGUAGUAGUAGUAGUAGUAGUAGUAUUGAUAGAGAUGAGGGUUCAAAGGCUCUGGAGAUCCGAGUGGCAAUGCUUGAAAACUACUUCGUAUUAAAGAUGCCAUGGCGAGUACAGAAAAGAAAAAGAAAAAGAAACAGAAACAGAAAAUAAAGGAAUCUGCUCUUGGCUACAACAAAUCACCUAUGAGUCCGGCUCUCAAGCGUUGCAAACCCUUGACAAGGGAUUCAACACUUGUAAUGGAGGAUUGUCCAUUACUGAUGACGCGUCGUUAGUCCGCCGUUAGUCCUCCUACCCCUAUUUUAAUACUUAUUUCACCAAAUACCCUUAUUAUGAAACAUAAUUCACCAAAUAUCCAUAACUUAAAACUACCAAUAUUAAUACUCAAUGGCUAGGUUUUGUGUUUGAAAAUUAGUCGUUACUUAUUGUUUUCUUAUAAAUACUAUUUUCUUUUCUGACUAGUAACAUAUAACAAGACAAGUGCUUAAAAUUGUUAUUUUCUUUUUUAACCCACCAUGUUUCAUUGGCUAGUCAAAUCACCUUUCACAACCCAACAAAAAUCAAUUUACCCCCUCCGAAAAUACAGCAGAAGAAGAAAAAAACAAACAACAAUCGCAACUGAAAACUUCACUUCACUCCUCAUCUUCUCUAUCCGACUUGCGAGCCGAGCGAUUAAUGCAUUCAAGGGUUUCACGACUAGCCGGCGCCGCGUAUUUUCGGUGGUUGUCCACCGUUUCCACGGUGGCGCCGGCAGAAGCAGAGGAAAUCUUCAGUGAAGCAUGGAAGAAAGUGGUACCCCACGUAGACCCACCUAAAACUCCUCUCUCAUUUAUCCAACAUCGACCUCCAAUACCGACUUCAAUACCUUCCAAACUCACCCUUAAUUUCCAUCUUCCCUACAUUUCCCACCUUUCCAACAAAGAGGUUGAUAUGGUGAUAGUGCCAGCAACAACUGGGCAGAUGGGUGUUCUUCCGGGGCAUACAGCAACCAUGACAGAGUUGAAGCCGGGCAUUCUCUCAAUUCAGCAAGGCAACGAAACAACAAAGUAUUUUGUCAGUGGUGGCUUUGCUUUCAUCCAUUCAAACUCUGUUGCAGACAUAAUCACAGUUGAGGCUGUUACUAUUGAUAAAAUUGAUCCAAACAUGGUUAAAAUAAAGCUUGCUGAAUAUUCACUGAAAUUGAAUACAGCCACAACAGAUUAUGAGAAAGCUGAAGCGCAAAUUGGAGUAGAUGUUCACAACGCCUUACAGUCUGCUCUCGCGGCCUAAUAUUUGCAUUAUCCUUUCCUGAAACAUUUGACUGUCCAGUCUUCCUCAAUGUACAUGUGUCUAAGUGUAUUGAAAUUACAACUCUUUACCGAUCUCUUUGGCCAUAAGUUAGAACGAACAUUGGUGCCAGUUUCUUGUGUUAUUAUCAUGGCAAAUGAAUCUGUGAAAGAAAGUAGUUGGUAGUGUU